AUGAAACGAUGGGGCGUACACCAUGUGGUAUCCUCAAAACAGUACCCCCAGUCGAACGGACAUGCCGAGGCGGCCGUCAAGUCAGCAAAGUACCUGAUCAUGAAGACGGCACCCUCCGGCAACCUAGAUAACGAAGACUUCAAUAGAGGCCUCCUUGAGCUGCGCAACACCCCUAACGUCACAGGAAGGUCUCCCGCGCAGAUACUCUACGGCCGCCCACUCCGCUCUUGUGUUCCUGUCCAUCCAGAGUCCUUCUCGCAGGAAUGGAAAGAGAAGUCAGAAAAGUACGACCGUGCCCAGCAGAUUAAACGUCAGUACGACAAGCACGCCCGCAACCUGCCCAAGUUACUUAUAGGACAGACGGUACGGAUCCAGGACCCGAACUCACUUCGUUGGGACAAGGUUGGCACAGUUAUGGGCUGCGACAGAUCAAGGGAUUAUGAGAUGUGA